UCCUGGCAGGACCGCCUUCGAGCACAAGAAAUGGCGGCCAUGCCAACAGGUUCACCUUUCAUGCCACCAGUGGCAGAGCACGAGGCUCAAACCACAGGUCUUCCUUCACCACCACUGUCAUCGCCUGCGACAGCUAGAAGAUCUCCAUCGUGGCAGGCUUCGGCUCUGGGAAGCGACGCUGGUAGUUCUCGCUCUUCUUCUGUGUCCCUGGGAUUCUCAGACGCAUCGAUGAUAUCUGCACCACUGGAUGACUGCAUCGACUACACCUUUGAACUCGGAGAUCUCCAAGCUCAUUUUGAGGGAACGCAAGACUUGGCGGGAUCAAUGAUCAAUACCGGAUUCGAUCACAUGGCACCCCUAUCCCCAAACAGCAUACCAGGAAUGACUGCAUCAAUACCCUCUUCUCCUUCACUUUCGAUGGCGUCUGACUUGUACAAUCAACCGUUUCCCUAUGACACGAACUCUGUCUCUGGCCUCGAAGCUCUGAUGGACAUUGACUCGAUGCAGGUGAUGGACGCACAUCACGAUCAAGAUGGCACAUACGACUGCCUGAAGGUCGCGAACCAUUGUCUGCAACGUCUCUCAUGGAAUGCAUCACAGCGAUGUGUCCGCGCCAACCCAUGUGGUCCUCAGCCUGUGCCGGUACCUUGCACGCAAGUGGUCGCCGAGAAUAAGCACUGCCUCGCAAUACUAGACAGAGUCCUGGACUGCGCGCCGGCAACACAUCAAGACAUAUUCGUCAUCAUCACGCUGGCUCUGAUGAAGAUCGUAGAGGCUUAUCAAAGCGCUGUGCAUGACAACAUGGCUGUUGGACCUGCUGAGAUCGAUGGAUUCCUCCCAGCGCACGACCCAAGCUAUUACUGUGUCACUCUCACAGAGCCCCCACCACCAUUGCAAUCUAUCAUGGGCGAGCUGCACCGUGUCCAAAGCAUGGUUCGAAGGUUAUCAGAACGACUUGAUACACUCAAUGCACUCUAUAAUGUAGCGGCACACGACCAAUCGCUAUUUGGACCAAGUGGCAGACCUCCAAUGUCACCAGCUACCUUCGAUGCACUUCAUCGAGAUCUCAGACGGUAUCUUGAUGCUGCCUCUUUCAGAACAAUACAGCUGCUCAACGCACUGUAGCCGAAGUCCGCCCAAGAGAAUGUUGGUGCAUGUCUUGUUUUAGGAAGCGAUAGGAGUUUAGUAUCAGUUAACGAAGAUAUGACUGCAAUGUCUAUAUGCAAAUCAACACAUAAUCC